AAGCAAGCGACGCAAGGUUCAGCAAAAUGACGCGGACUACUCCAGCGUAGGCGGAUUCCUGAUUGACGACGCGCCAGGUGGCUUUGUGGUUGAAGACAACGCGGCAGGUGGGGGUUUCCUCGUCGACGACACGACCGGCGGCGGAUUCUUGCUCGACGAAUCCAACUCGCCUCCGCACUCAUCCUCGCCCAUACCGACGAAUACGAAGCCGACGCAGAUCCCUCUUCGACUCGUCCCCUCCGCGCUCGAGCUGCUGUCUCUACCCCCGGACGACCCGCAGGUGUUAUCCGUGUUCCGGAACGCCGCGUCCGGCUGGGAGGACGCAGGUGGUGCUAGAAGGGCCGAAGACGACGACGAAGACGAUGCGAGGGUGGUGAGCUUGAAAGACUGGCGCGCGGUGUGUGCGGUCCUGCUGGAGGGCGAGGCCGGAAGCGAUGAGGACGAGGUGGAUAUGGAUACGGCGGUCGCUGUGGGGGCGAAGUCUGAACGGGACGAUGGUGCGGGACCCGCGACGCGGACGCGGCGCAAGACGGGGGCCUCGGCGCCGAAGAACGCGCACUCGUACGAAGAGGAGGAUUCCCCGCCUUCCGACGGCGAAUAUCGUGAAGGCUCCGAAUCGCCGCUUACGGAGGAAGAAGACGAGGAGUACACGUCCGCCACCGCUCGCCGGAGGUCGGUCAAGGCGAGUGGUGGUGUGAACAGGCGCACUGCCGGCGACAGCGACGAAGACGAGGACGACGUGCGAACGCUCUCCGCUCGACAGAAGGCGGAGUGCCGCAAAGUCUUCGCGAUGUUCCUCGAUAUAGACGGUGACGGAGGGAAGGAGAAGAAAACGCUGGAGUCGAGGCGGAUCAUGAUCAGGGACGUGGACCGGGUCGCGAAGCUGCUGAAGGAGAAGAUCACCGCGGAUGAGGUGGUUGAGAUGCUCCAUGCAUUCUCAUCUUCAUCUGACCGGUCGAUGUCACUGGGCGACUUUGAGAGGAUGAUGGUAGCCACGAGGCUGGUCUAAGAUGACACUGGCGUGUACUGUACCAUGCGUCCGCGUACGUCAAUUAUACUAUGAAAUAGAGCAUCUCGACGGGUUGUCCAGGGGCACAGAGAAGAUGGCCGCUCACGGCCGCCUUCUUCCAAAAAUACGGGCGGGUCUUUUGCCUCUACAACCGCGCGAUUCACGUCAAAACAACAUCGCUCUCGUUGCGCGACCGCAACGUGCGGAUCUCCCUGACAACCUCAUGGCCCGCAUAUCAUUCGGGCGCAUGCAUGGGGGCAAUCUACGGACUCCCCAAGCUAUGAACGCCGGCCGCAAUCCGAUCCACGAGAUCGUUAUCGGGGGUGGGAGCAGCUAUACUUCCGGAAACGAACGAAGCCCGGUGGCGUUUCUGUGGAAGCAAGCUGAACGAGGCGUCCCAACCAUGGAACGAAGUCUCAUCCGUUCCUUUUCCGCUCGCGCCCGCCCAGGCUUAUCGCCGGCUUCUUCGAACAACUUCGCGUGAAAAACUCAAUCAAGUCGAACCCCACGUUCCGUCGCGAUGGGUACUGAGCGCGAACAUCUUGGAGAGGCCAAGGAAUGGCCAUUCAGAAACCCGCCCGCGAUCUAUCUCGCGCGGACUGAAUGCGGGUCUAGCUUCGAAAUCGUGCAACGUUGGAGUGGCCAUUCAAACCCCACACGUUGCUUCUAGCGGAAGCCCGAAAUAACGAGCUUCGAUUCGUACAAACGACGCCGCCACUGCGCGCUUUCCGGAGGUGUCGACCGAAUAACAGUUGCGAUGGACUAUCUACUCCUAGCAUCAUGAGCCUAGAUAAAGAGAGCGUAGACGCCGUUCUGGAAGUUGCCCAACCCUUUGAUCCUGAUCGCGUUAACUCGAGCGGACACCCAGAUAGGCUUAGAAGGCACUACUACAUCAAGAGUAUAACUGGGACUGCUCUUACGAUCGAUGCUGCGUGGCUUUCGAUGGGAAGUUCCCUUGCCGUCGCGUCAGCCAACGGGGGUCCGCCUGGAAUUUUAUACGAGCUUUUGGCGGCUUGCUUCUAUUAUAUAUUCAUCAAUGCGUCUUUGGCCGAGCUUGCAAGCUCCAUUCCAUCUUCAGGAAGCGUAUACCAUUACGCCUCGGUCACCCCAGGUCCCCGCUAUGGACGGAUAAACGGAUUCUUUGCGGGGAUCAUCAAUCUCUUCGCCUGGCUCUUCGGCAUCGCGUCCUCUGUCAUCAUUAACUCCACCCUCGUGCUCGAGAUAUACCGCCUCCACCACCCCGAGUUCACGAUCGAACCGUGGCACAUCUUUGUCACCUUCCUGAUCUUCAACACCUCGGUGUGCCUCUUCGUGAUAUUCUGCAACCGCAUCUUUCCCGCGUACCAGUCCUUCGGCGGGAUCCUCCUCAUGAUCUUCGGCGUCAUCACCGUCGUCAUCGUGACCGUCAUGGCCCCCAAACACGCCAGCAACUCCUUCGUCUGGACUAGAUGGUCCAACGUCACCGGAUGGCCCGAUGGAGUGGCGUUCAUCGCCGGCAUGCUAAACGGCGCGUUCACGAUCGGAACACCCGACGCCGUCACCCACAUGGCGGAGGAAAUGCCAUCUCCGCGCAAGGACCUCCCCAAGGCCAUCGCGCUGCAGCUCGUUUUCGGGACGAUCAUGGCGUUCGUGUUCGCGGUCGCUAUCAUGUACGGCGUCAACGACUUUGACGCCAUCCUCGACGUGGCGGAUCAAUUCCCGCUCACGCAGUUCUACGCUCAGGCUACCGGGAGCCGUUCGGCGACUACUGGCUUGCUGAUGCUGCUGCUCAUUCCGUCCGUCUUUAUCAUGCCUGCGACAUACGUCCUGGUCGGGAGGACGCUGUGGACGCUAGCUCGCGACAACGUCGUGCCCUACUCUGCAUGGAUGUCGCAGACAUCUACCGAGCUCAGCUGUCCCGUUCAGGCCACAGUCGUGACGUACGUCCUUACCACGGCUCUCGGCGCAGUGAGGCUCGGGAACUCCACUGCGUUCGGUGAUAUAGUCGCAAGCUACGUUAUAUUGACCGCGAUGAGCUAUCUCCUCGCUAUUCUACCCCACCUUCUCACCGGACGCCGCAACGUACCCAUCGGGCCUUUUUGGAUGGGAAGAUGGGGAUACGCGGUGAACGCGCUGGCGGUGAUAUCCAUCAUCGUCACCAACAUAUUCUACUGCUUCCCCUUCUCCCUCCCCGUGACCACAGGGCGAGUCGCGCGUCGAUUUUUUUUGAGUGUGGUGCAUAUCAAAGAUGGCUGA